AUGAGACUGAGGAGUCAGAGGAGGAGAGACAGGAAGAGACAGAGGAGGAGACAGAAGAGGAGACAGAGGAGGAGAGAGAGAGGAGACAGAGGAAGAGAGAGGAGGAGACAGAAGAGGAGACAGAGGAGAGAGAGAGAGGAGACAGAGGAAGAGACAGAGGAGGAGAGAGAGAGAGGAAGAGACAGAGAGGAGAAAGAGGAGGAGAGAGAGAGGAAGAGACAGAAGAUGAGACAGAGGAAGAGACAGAAGAUGAGACAGAGGAGACAGGAGAAGAGAGAGGAGGAGACAGAAGAGGAGACAGAGGAGGAGAGAGAGAGAGGAAGAGACAGAGAGGAGAAAGAGGAGGAGACAGAGGAGGAGAGAGAGAGAGGAAGAGACAGAAGAUGA